GCAGGGACUAUUCGGUCUAUACUCAGAUACUCAGAUGGUGCACCGAACUCUCUGCUUCUCCCGUGCUCUGCUAUCUAUACCUCUUUCCGUGUCUCAGGUAACCCUGAAUGUCCAGUUAUGCUUCGAUUCUGCGAUUCGACGGCUUUGUGCGUGCGACGGCGGGCAUGGUCAGCAACUGUUUAUGCCCGUGCACCAAUUUUGGAACAACGCCGGGCCAUUGUACUGCUGCGAGAGCAGAGGUAUAUAACCACACCCGAUCGCGGUUGAGGGAGAAACAGUCAACUCCUCUCCCUCUUCGGUUUUCAGCAUCUGUCUUCCCCGCUCGCCCUCUCCGCAUUCGCUCGGUCCCCGUAGCCACGUAAUACUUCGCUUCUUCUUCGCAUCCUAUUCCAAGCCACCCACACUCCAAAAAUGCACGGCUCCUUCACUGCUCCGGUCGACGAGUGCCAGUUCUUCACCAACUGGCAAGGACACACAGAGAAGACAUGGGACUGCCUCAUGCCCGAGUGCCCAGAUUCCCUCAACAACAAGGCGCUUCGGGAGCGUAUCAAACAAGAGAAGAAGCAGAGGAAGGCGGCCGAGAAGGCCGCUGCCGCUGCUGCCAGGCGCUGAGCGGUUCGAUUCAGUUUAGUUCAGUUCCGUUCGUUCCCCCUUCCCUCCUCCGCCGGCACCCAGGGUGUGCGGGCGAGCGUGGUGAGUGAGGUACCCGAUGUGUGUAACGACUGGUCGCAAUGCAUAGAGGACAGAGGACAGUCCUUCGAUGACUACAGAAUGUCCGUGGUCUCAUGGUCGAUCGAUAGCACAUGUACAUCAACCAUCUACCAUCUUUUUCUCCCCUCUUCCUGACUCCUGUCUAUCCGCAUAAUUGUUGUCUCUCUAACUACACUAUACCUGUAAUAGUCUGGCAGAAUGUGACCCC